CGAGAGUAAACACAGAUGAGGGAGUAGGGAGGUGCGAUAGUACAGCGUAAGGCUCCAAACCGGUUGGUCGUGCGCCGAGUGACGGCCGGUCCCGGGCGUGAUGCCGCGUUUGUUUAUCGAACUUUUUGGAUUCGAACUUCGAAUGCCUGAAUAAUAAAUGAAACAAGAAAAAAGUUGCAAACGAAAAAAGCGUUGUGCUAUGUAGCAAACAAAUGACAAUCGGGUGUUAACUAACAGUGGACAGAUUGUCGCACACGUGCCUCAAAACUUUUUGUGGUUUAGUGAACUUAGUUGUAAACAUGUAAAUUACUGUCGAUGCUGUGAGAAUUAAAGCUCAAUUCGGAGGCAGUAUGGUGGAUGUUGGUGUUAAUGAGUGCAAUAACACCAUAAAAGGCAGGAACCAAUUUGUGUGUCUUGUGCUUGUGCAUUUACUUCUUAUUGGACUGAACGGAACGAAUGCUCAAAAUCGAGCGCCGCGUAUCAAAGAACAUCCGUCGAACACGGUUUCUGGGAGAAGCGAACCUGCGACGCUACGGUGCGUGGUGGAAGGGCGGCCGAAGCCAACAGUCCAGUGGUUCAAAGAUGGCUCGCCGUUACCGCCAGCGGAGGAUGGGCAUAGAGUACUGCUGGAGGAUGGAUUACUGUUCCUUAGGGUUAAUCGAGGUAAAAAGGAGAGCGAUGAAGGGGUAUACUGGUGCAUAGCACGCAAUAUUGCGGGAGAGGCUGUCAGUAACAAUGCUUCAUUGAAUGUUGCUAUGUUGCGCGAUGAAUUUAGAAUUGAACCUACAGAUGUAGUUGUGGCAGCUGGUGAGCCUGCUGUUUUGGAAUGCUCGCCACCUCGUGGGGUGCCAGAACCUUCUGUCCAUUGGCUUAAAGAUGGACAACCGUAUGACGUGGAAGUCAAUGGCAGGGUAACAGUCACGGAUAUAGGAAACUUGAAAAUUCUCGAAACGUUACCCACCGAUAGUGGUUUGUUUCGUUGUGUAGCAUCAAAUAUUGCCGGCGAAAGACAGUCGAGAGCUGCCGGUCUUAUUAUUUUAAGACGUCCACAUUUCGUCGUUAAACCUAGUAACAUUACAGCUUUGGUUGGCCAAACCGUUGAAUUUAAUUGCCAGAGCUACGAUACAAACGUAAAAAUAACUUGGGUCAAAGAGGAUAGUUCGCUGCCUCCUCGUGCAACUAUCAUUCGGGGACUAUUGCGGUUAGAUCACGUGUCUGCUGCCGACGCUGGCAUUUAUUCUUGUCGGGCCGAUAGCCAAACUGGUUCAAGUAUUACAAGCGCCUCUCUCACCGUUUACUCUCUACCGCACUUCACACAGAUACCAUCAAACUUAACCGCAUGGGAGGGCGAUGUCGUAUCGAUACCCUGUGAAGCAAAAGGUCUACCUACACCCACUACGUUUUGGAUACUGGAGGGAAAUCAAGAUUCGCUGCUUUUCCCUGAAUGUAUGAAAAGCAAUUCGAGUUUAUUAUAUCUAGAUGGAGCGAAAGCUGAACAUAGUGGGCGUGUUAUUUGUACAGCAGUUAAUGCGGCUGGUAGUAUAAUGCAAGAGGCUUAUCUAACUAUUCUUAAGAAGGGGAAUGAAUUGAAAGAACCGUCGUUGGAUCAAGACUUGACUGUUUUAUACGAGCGGCAGGAGCAUAUGACGCAAUAUGAACUUGUUCAAGCGCGAAAGUAUCUGCAGCAGAAUGUUUUAGUUAUGCGUAGGGCGGAAGCUUUGUCGUCAACUUCGGUGAAAGUUGUUUGGGAUGUUUUGACAGAUUAUAAUGAAUAUUUAGAAGGCGUUAAGAUAUGGUAUAAUGGUACCACCAUGAAUUGGAGAUAUGUUGACAAAGAAGAGAUUGCUGCAUUGAACUCGUCCUUGACCGGCGCUGCUUUGUGUUCCAAUGGUUCAUUAACAAAUGUUGACAAUACCGGCUCAUCAAGCUUCAUCCUAUCUGGGUUAAUGGCUUACACUCAGUACGACAUUUUCUUGAUGCCUUUCUAUAAAAUGCUUCUUGGCAAGCCUUCCAAUUUAAUGACAGGCUACACUGACGAGGACGUACCAUCAGCGCCGCCUCAGAGCGUGACAGCCGGUGUAAUUAACGCCACUUCGGCGUGGAUACGAUGGGAACCACCACCUGCGAACACGUGGAAUGGAGCAAUCACGGGCUAUUUGAUCGAGAUUCGCGUGAGUGCGAGUGGCGGUGGUCGCGUCGUCGGUCAAAUGUCUCUAGGACCUCGAACCAGAGCUGCUGCGGCCAGUUCCCUUCGAGCUGGUGGUCGGUAUAGCGCCCGAGCAGCCGCUGUCACUAAGAGGGGGCACGGGCCAUUCAGUACGCCCGUGCAAAUACAUAUGCUGCCGACGCAGUCGCAACGACAUUAUGUUCAAACGGAACCGCCGAACGAUUCCAACAUAUCACACAUAUUUCAAGAAACAUGGCUCCUUGCUCUCGGUCUGACACUGUUCACUGUAAUCAUUAUUGGGUUAUUCAGCGUUUAUUACAUUAGGCGGCGUAACAGCACUCAACGAAAGAAGUCUACUGGCCAGUCUAUAGUGACAGCACAGCAGUGUUUGUUAAAUAAAGACACUAUAUGGUUACGAGACCGGCCUGUGUUCGCAGCUGCUGAUGGUACCAUGGAUGCUAGCAGCUGUCAUCAGAGCUUAUUACAUGGUGGACAAUCAACGAGCAUUCUUAGUGUAGAACCAGAGUAUUGCCUUCCCCAAAAUUCCAUUCAAGCCUUAGAUACAUCAAGCGUAGACAGAAUAAGAAGAGGUCCACCUGAGCCCUACGCAUCCAGUGCCAUUUACACUGAACUGAACUUCCAGGACAACAACGAAGUUGGAGAUCUGAGGAACUGUCCGGAGCGGCGAUCACAUAACAAUAGCAUUGUUCGUUCGUGUAACGGAAGCAUACAGUACUCGAAUGGGGAAUGUUCCACGUGUUGUCACAGCACUUCCAGUAGGUCCACCAAGGAUUACAGAGAACCAAGGCACGAAGUACACAAUGAAAUCAAUGCUGUGGAGGAUGACUGCGUGUCCUGUCACACGAACAGAUCAGGAUCGAGGAGUAGACAGGACAAAAGCAAAGUUUGCCCAACCAAUGAUUUAGAGUACGACUAUCCGCAGUGGCAUUGGUUAGGUAGAGAAAACAGUUUCAAAAUUCCCAUACAGACGAGCAGACAUUCGAAUGUAACGCGGUCCGAGCAAGGCUGUCAAAUAAAUCUAUGUGAUAUACUGCCGCCGCCCCCGUAUGAGAGUCCGGAAAACAAGAAAAAUUGAGAAGUCCUAGCGCUUAGUUCACUUUUAUAUGUAUAAAUAGAACAUCGUUGAGCAAUAACCAUAACUAAGUAUCGUAAUGUUUGUAAUAUAAUUAUAGAUAUUUCUUUUUGACAUGUUAAUUUCAAUGUAGUUAAAAAUGUUGUUCGAAUUUUUAACGUAGUAGGUAGGUAACGUAUUAUAAUAAAUCUCAAGUAGUCGUCGUAGAACGCAGAUGUAGCGCUUUUAACAUUUAAGUGCGUAGGUACUGAAUUUUUGAUAUUUAUAACUUAUUCCUAUUGAUAUUCUAGUCACGGUGUAUAAGACUAGUUAAAUCAUAUGAUAAACACAUUUUUAGAGAGAUUCUCUCGAUUUUAAAAGUUGUGUAUACCACAACGCUGAAGGUUGUCUCCCCUCGAUUGUAACGUAGAUUUUAACAGCCCUGCAUUUCACUGCCAUAUGAUAAAAAUAUGUUUAGAAUUACCUACACGAUUAGUUAUAUAAACCUUUGACUGUGAUAUUUAUAUUAAAUUUGUGUAAUAGGAAUUAAUGUAUACUUAGUUUUAAACGCCAUUAUUUCAAGGAAAGAUUCUGUAAUAAUAACACAUCCAUAUUGACUAAAGUAAAAUUUCGACUAAGAUUUUUUCGACUUUGAUAGAAUAUUUUUAAAGGACAAAAUAUCAAAAUCUAGUUUAUUUUUGAAUUCGAUAUACUUAAGUAACUAAUAUAAAAUAUCAUUACAACAGUUGGAAACUGUCUUUGACAUAAUGGAACUAAAAUAGUUUAAGAAGUUGCAAUAUUUCCUCAAUUUUAAUAUUUUUGUUCUUGAGAACGCCUUGCAUUAAAUUUAAUUCAUUAUUUUAAACACAUAUUGUGCUAUUUAACAGUAAAAUCGAAAUAUAGCAAAUUUAUAACA